CGUCGAUAGAGGACCGUUGCUACAACUUCUCAUUCGGUUCUCUUCAUCCCGUGUUUCUCUUACUAUCAAACAUUGUGUCUUUACAGAUAACUUAUCUCCGAACUAUAGUGUGCCUGGACAAAUGUGGUACAAAUUGUGUUUAGUAGCGUUAAUACUUAUUUUCUAUAGAGUGUGUGGAGGAAGAAGGAUGACAAACACAAAUAGAAAGGGACCACAGUUCAUACACGAGCCACCGAAACAAGUAGAAUUUUUAAAUACCACAGGUACAGUGAUACCCUGUUCGGUUUAUGGGAAUCCCACUCCAAUUGUAAAAUGGGUUACCGAAGACGGAGCUUCUGUAACAGAUGUCCGUGGACUAAGGCAUAUCCGUUUAGAUGGUACUUUAGUCUUCCACCCUUUUCGUGCCGAAGAAUAUAGACAGGAUAUCCACGCUAUUGUAUAUCGUUGUACAGCAACAAAUAGUGUGGGUACUAUAGCAAGCAGGAACGUUCAAGUCAGAGCAGUGAUCUCGCACCAUUAUUCGGUAGAAACCCACGACGAGUUUGUGCUGAAAGGUAACACAGCUGUUCUUAGAUGUCACGUUCCUGGAUUUGUCAGAGAAUAUGUGAAAGUGACUGCUUGGUUUAGAAAACCAAACGAAGAAAUAACUGCUUCUUUACUCGAUGGUAGAUAUAGUUUGUUUCCAAGUGGUGAACUGCAUGUAAGAAAUGUUGUACAGUCAGAUGCUGCUAGUAGCUAUAUGUGUCAAGCUCAACACCGUUUGACGGGGACUGCUGUACUCAGCAAUUCUCAAGGAAGAAUCGUCGUUACAGGUAAUGGGAAGUGGUCGAGGAUACCCAAUACUGCUCCAAUGAAGCAGACAAAAUUACAACGAAUUUUUUCAGCUCCAUUAAUUGUAAAUAUUAGUCCAGCAGUCAAAAUGGCCGAUGUGGGUGAUUUCGUAACUUUUAACUGCACGGUAACCGGUUACCCUGUAAAUACAAUUAGAUGGUUGAAAAACAGUAGGAAUGUCGUUGACGGUAUUAGGGUGACAGUUCUAAGACAGUACCAGCUGCUAAUUAGUGAUAUACAAAGGGAAGAUCGAGGGAUGUACCAAUGUUUUGUCUUCAAUGAUGUAGAGUCUGCACAAGGCACUGCGGAACUCUUAAUUACUGAUAAUCCUCCAAACCUCUUGUAUCGUUUUAACGACAUACUGUCAAAGCCAGGAUCACAGGUAUCUUUAAAAUGCAUCGCCGCAGGCAACCCCCUGCCACAGAUAACAUGGACUUUAGAUUCAAUGGCUGUACCAGAAGAAGGUGGAUUCAGAACUGGAGAUUAUGUCACUUCGGAUAAUACAGUUGUCAGUUAUGUCAACGUAAGUGAUGUAAGUACCGAACACGGAGGGCAAUACACAUGCACUGCAAGAAAUGGAGCUGGUAUAGCAACUCAUAGCGGAAUGCUUAAAGUUCCUGGACCACCUUUCAUUAGAAAAAUGAAAAAUAGAAUGGUAGUUGCCGGAGAAACUAUGGUCCUUCGCUGUCCAGUUGGUGGCUAUCCCAUAGACAAAAUCACCUGGGAAAGAGUAGUAACUAUUUUCGGCCAACAAACAUUUUUCCUUACUGUAAUGAUUCUUUUUCAAGUUAAUGCUAGGAAAUUCUGAAUUAUAAUAUUUAUCUCAAGCAGUUUUGGAGAAUAAUAUUUGAAAUACCUUCAAGGAAUACGAAUUGAAAAAGUGAACACAAAGAAAUUUCAUGGAUCGUCACGGCUUUCUAGAUAAAAAUAA